AUGCCCUCUCAUCUCCUCACAACCACAAUUAACGACCUUCUAUACCCUUCGCCCACGGAGUCAAAAAUAUCGUCGCCUCCUUGCGCUCUUCCUCAAGGCCAUCAUCUUGUCUACUUCCCCAUCCAAUUGCCUCCCUCGCGUCUCAUUCCUGAUGGCGCAGAUCCUGAUCAUUCACCUGGCCCGCCUUAUACGCGGCGUGUAUGGGCAGGCGGCGAGGUUGUCUUCAGAGGAGAUGCGAUGAAGCUUGAUGCGAGACCGGCGAUCUGCAAGGAACAGAUCGAGGAUGUUACCUUGAGAGGCAAAGAGGGCGAGGAGAAGGUGUUUGUUGAUGUGUGGAGGAAAUAUGGAACUGGGCAUGAGAUUGAGGGGAGAACAGAAUGGGAUAUCGAAGAGAGGAGGACGCUGGUAUUUAUGAGGGAUGAAGAAGGGUCUGCCUCAUCAUCAUCACCUUCACGUUUGCUCAAGUACCCUCAACCACCAAGUCACUCAAUCUCACUUACACCUUCACCGGUACACCUAUUCCACUUCUCAGCGCUCUCAUUCAACGCCCACUCUAUUCACUUUGAUCCUCAGUUCGCGCGAGAAGUUGACGGUCACCGAGCACUUCUGGUCCAUGGCCCGUUCACUCUUGCUCUGAUGCUUCGCUUCCUCAACGACCGAAUCGGUGCUGGUGUAGCCGUCCACAGGUUCAGUUACAGGAACUACGCGCCUUUGUACGUCAAUGAGCGCAUGGCCAUCAAUAUCCGCAAGGUGUCAAAAGAAGACGGUGCUGAAGGACGAUGGGAGGUUUGGAUUGAGGGGCCAGAAGGAGGAAUGGCUGUCAAGGGAACAGCCGAUGUUGUCAGCAAAUAA